AUGGGCCCCUGUACCGCCUCCUCAUGCUGCUGCCAGGCCCGUAAUCUGCCAUGGGCCCCCGUACUGACUUCUCAUGCUGCUGCCAGGCCCGUAAUCUGUCAUGGGCCCCUGUACCGCCUCCUCAUGCUGCUGCCAGGUCCAGAGUGUGUCAUGGGUCCCUGUACGGCCUCCCAUUGCUGCUGUCUCCAUCGCCACACUCUGCCAUGUGCCACUUUCAGGUCUCCUCACACUGCUGGUGGGUUCCAUUUUGUCAUAGGGUGCUGGCAGAUUACGGGCCUCCCAUUGCUGCUGCCAGGCCCGUAAUCUGCCAUGGGCCCCCGUACCGACUCCUCAUGCUGCUGCCAGGCCCGUAAUCUGUCAUGGGCCCCUGUACCGCCUCUUCAUGCUGCUGCCAG